GUAAGUGAAGAGCCUGUGCAGGAUUGGACAGGUGCACUUAGAGUUGUUUAACUAGGAACAGCAGUAAGAGUUAAAGCAACACCACUGAGAGUCAGCACCUAACAGCACCGUAUGGCAGAUUAUCAGACUGAUGCCCCCCCUCCCUACUACUCUGUGACAGGGGCAGCUCAACGCCCCCCUCCUUAUUCCCCUGCCAAUGGAGUGCAGGUGUGGCACACCCCCCCAACCCACCCACAGUACGCCCCACAACCCGUGGCCACCCCGGUCAUCAUCCCCCACGUAGGGCCUCCGUCAAGGAAGUUUUCCAGAAGGGGUCGUGCUGGUUGCUAUGGCGCCUCACUGUGCCUCAUACUCACGUUUACUCUGCUAGGCAUCGCCGUCUGGGUGGGAAUGAAGUAUGGCUUAAUAUGGCCGGAUGACGAUGACAAAGAGUCGUCGCCAACAGACACCUGCCCUGACCACACCGUGCUCUGCAAUGGCUACAGCGACUGCUCGCGUGGAAGCGACGAGUCUAUCUGCGUGCGCUUUGGAGCAGGAGGCCAGCUGCAGAUCAAGACGUCCACCGCUGGUGGCUUCCUUCCUGUCUGCUCUCAGGGAUGGAGCUCCAGCCUCACAGAUCUCACCUGCUCCCAGCUGGGCCUAACAGGAAGCCACACCUAUGGGAGUAUGGCGAGUUCACUUUCAAAGUCUCUGUCAGCAACAGAUCCGAAGUCAUCUGAUCACAUACAGGGCAGGCUUACAGUCAGUUCCUCCUGCCCUGCCCAACAGACUGUGACCCUGGAAUGCACCAACUGUGGGCAGCCGCAGUCCUCCUCCAGGAUCAUAGGGGGCGAAGUAGCACAGCUGGGUGACUGGCCCUGGCAGGUCAGUCUGCACUUCCAAGGCUUCCAUACCUGUGGAGGGUCCCUUAUCUCCCCAGAUUUUGUGAUAUCAGCUGCCCACUGCUUCUCCAGUUCCUCGGCCAAGUUAGCCAGUAACUGGCGUGUGUACGUGGGCACAGUGUCUCAGCUGGCACUUUCAACGUCCUACCUUGUGGAGACGAUCGUCCUCCAUAAGGACUACAGCUCUCAAUCCAACGAUCACGACAUAGCCCUGCUGAAGCUCAGACGACCUGUGUCUACAUCUGAAAAUGUUCAGCCUGUGUGUCUGCCGGUUUUUAGCCAGACUUUUGCUCCUGGAACAAGAUGCUGGACUACAGGGUUCGGAACUACAGUCCAAGGUGCCGUGAGCGGCUCCACCAGUCUGAUGGAGGUGCCAGUGGACAUCAUUUCCUCCAGUGACUGCAACUCCUGGCAGGUCUAUGACGGCCACAUCACCAACAACAUGCUCUGCGCAGGGGACCUGGACGGAGGGAGAGACUCCUGCCAGGGGGACAGUGGUGGUCCACUUGUGUGUGAAGACAGAGGCAGGUGGUAUCUGGCUGGCAUAACCAGCUGGGGAGAAGGCUGUGGACAGAGGAACAGGCCAGGGGUCUACGCUAAAGUCAGCAGCCUUCUAUCCUGGAUCUACAGCAACACACAGCAAGAGGGGUCUUGACCAGUAUUCCAGCAAGAGGAUGCUUUUGUGGGAAUGUAGCCCUAACAUUUCUGUAAAUUCCUUUUAUCCAUAAUUUCAAUAUUUAAAUAAACAAUGCACAUUUUCUAA